UUCGGUUUUUCCCAGAGCGAACCUAGUUUCGCCCUGGAUCCGCCCUAACUGCUGUCAAAACGUUCGUUUAUUCAAUCGAGUCGGAUCUGGAUCCGCCCCAGAUCCGACCCAAACAGAGCGAGGUUCGCUCUGCCGAUUUCUUGCGAUCCAACCUGGAUCCACUCACACAUAUGCAAAAUUGAACUGUCAUCAUCAGCUGUUUGUUUUGGAUUCCAGUGUAAACACGAGAGCAGGAAAAUCGUCAAAUCAUUGGAGAAGAUGGAAAUAAUAGAUUGCCUGUCAAGCUCAUCGGAUGACUCGGAGGAUUCGGACUCCGAAAUGUUCUUCAACGUCUUUUUUCCAUCGAGUUGCCCCCAGGAGAAGAAAGUGAGAGUGGCCAAUUUCGUUGAGGAUGUCAUCGAUAGGUACAACGAUAAACAGUUUCGUGACCAGUUUAGAAUGAACAGGAGCACCGCAGAUUAUCUGAUCAACAAGUACGAAUCAUCAUCUUUUGGCUGCAUUAAUGAUGGAAGAGGAAGGAAAGGAAUUCCUCCGAAAACGCAAAUAUUAGCUUUUCUGUGGUUCAGCGCAAAUAAAGAUUCAUACAGGGAAGUGUGCAAUUUAUUCAACAUGGCUGAAUCAACAUUUUUCAGUCAUUUGAAUGAUGUGUUGGACUUCUUUUACGAUAUCUCCAAACAGUAUAUACAUUUUCCGGAUACUGACGAAGGCAAAGAACGUUUGGCAGCAGGAUUUGAAAAGAUUUCCAAAUUAUCGAAUGUCAUUGGUUGCAUUGAUGGAUCUUACGUAUCAAUUCGAAAACCUGCAAAUAAGAUUCGGUCAACUUAUAUCAAUAGACAUGAUAUGGUAUCCAUAACUCUUCAAGGCGUGUGUGAUGCAGAGAAAAAGUUUCUGGAUGUUUGUGUAGGAUCACCCAGCAAAAUACACGAUUCGAGAAUUUUUUCCCUAUCACCACUUAGCGACGAUUUACCACAAAUAUGCAACGGAAGAUUCCACCUGCUAGGUGAUGCCGCAUAUCCUCUUCGCGAAUAUUUGUUGACACCGUACAGGGAUGAUGGACGACUGACUCGAAAAAAGCGAAAGUACAACUUGAACCACGCUCAGACUCGAGUUAAAAUAGAAAAUGCCUUCAGUUUACUGAAAACUCGAUUUCGACAAUUGAUGCGGCUGGACUUUUUCACUGUGGAGAGAAUGUGCAAGUUCGUCAUGGCAUGUUGCGUAUUGCACAACAUUUGCAUAAGCAUGAAUGACUACUUUGAGAUUGACGACGAUAUUACACAGCAGGAAAGCAGUGUGAAUCAAUCCAGGAAUCCUGUGCAACCUAACGACCCAGAUGUACGAAGUUCAGCUCUCCGAAGACUUGGAGAAAUAAAGAGAGACAACAUUGCAGAUAGUCUUCAAUGAUGUU